UAUUCUCCGAAUCCGCUUUGUACCGAGACUUGAAUCUCGCUCGCUCGACCAUUCUAUACACAAAGCCGCAUUCUCAAAUCGCACCUUCACCAUGUCCUUUCAGAUGCCCCUAACUUACCGCGUCCUCUUUGGAGCAUUCGACCUGUUGCUUCCAAUCUUUGGAACCUACGGGCACAUCUUCGCCGCAAAGAAUGUGGUCUUGGCAGGUUUCACCGGAGCCAAGCGGGGUCCGGUCUGGCCGCCUGCGCCAGAGACGAGGGUUUUGCUGGAUGGUAUGGCAGGUUGGUACGUCGCUCUGAUCACUUUGCAAAUCUUUGCCAUCACCAAAAGACCCAAAGAUUGGGCGCUGUGGCAAACGUUGAACCUUUCCAUCUUCUUCGUGGAUGCUUUCAUGUUGCUCGGCUUUGCAAGGGGCCUUUCCCUUGAAGGAAAGCUCAACGACACUUCUCAAUGGCGCGGACAGGAUUGGGGCAACAUUGCUGGGUACGCCUUCAUCGGACUCGUCAGGCUAGCUUUCGUCGCAGGUGUAGGAGUUCAGGUCAAGCCCGGAGGCAAUCCUUUGGCAUUCCCAGAAGAAGCCAAACAAGGCCAGAACAAGGCUGUGGCCAAAAAAAAGAAGUGAAAAAGCGAAACGUCCACGAUCGGCAUCACUUCACGAAAACGCACAAAGACGUCUUUUUGCUCCCCCUGCACGGAUUCCUUUGCACAUUGUGGGGUCCCAUCGUCUUUCUCGUUUCACAGACGGCGGCCCUAUGUAGCAUUUGGAGCGAAAAUUCCAUGUCACGCAUUGCACUUGCAUGCUUACAUCUCGCCAGACACACUCUCUAGAGUCCAAACCGUCCUCAGAUCGAAGAGGAAGAGAUGAAGAACCAUUUGCUG